UUACUAUCAAGGAAUACUAUCGACUAUACUAUGAGGCAAAAUCUCGAAUCUCUGAUUCAUCAAACAUGUAUUGCGUAAUUGCUAUCGACUAUGCUAUAUACAUGCUAUUUGUCCCUGAAAAAUCUUUGGUGACAG